GGCGGAUGGAGGCAAAGGCCGGGGAGAGGAAACUGAAAUGAACAGCUGAGAUUAAGUGUGUUCCUUAAUCCUAGGGUGUAUAUAGACAGCCCAAAAACCUUCCGGUUUGUAUUUUCGUCAUCCUCAUCCUCAGGCUUAGACCCUAAUCCAGUCCUCCUCUUUCGGCUUCUUUGGGUUUCCCUUUUUUGCUCUCAGAUUCGGAUUCUUUUUCCUCUCAUUCCAUUCAGAUUCUUUUACCCUUUUGAGUAAGGGUGUACAUUAAAAUCUGCUCCAUUCUCCUUGUUAAUACGAAGGAAGAUAAGAUGCAAAGCAACGGUUCUGAUUCGCAGCCGCAAGAACCAAAUCAGCGGCACCAGCAGCCGCAGUCGUGGAUGUCAAUGCAGUACCCGCCGCCGGCUAUGGUAAUGCCGCACCAUAUGAUGACGCCUCCGCAUUACAUGGCGCCGCCGCUUCCGCCGCCACCGUAUAUGCAUUAUCACCCCCAAUAUCAGCAUCACCAUCUCCCUAUUCAGCAUUCGCAGCCGCUACAGGGAUCUGGCGGCGAAAACAAAACGAUUUGGGUGGGUGACUUGCAUCAUUGGAUGGACGAGAGUUACCUCCAUACCUGCUUUGCUUCCAUUGGCGAGAUUUCAUUGAUCAAGAUCAUUCGUAAUAAGCAAAGUGGUUUGUCUGAGGGGUAUGGAUUUGUAGAAUUUUUUGCUCAUGCAACAGCUGAAAAAGCUCUUCAGAACUAUGCUGGAGUGCUCAUGCCAAGUACAGAGCAGCCUUUCCGCUUGAAUUGGGCGACAUUUAGCACCGGUGACAAGCGAUCAGAUAAUGAUCCCGAUCUUUCUAUUUUUGUUGGUGACUUAGCUGCGGAUGUUACUGAUGCUCUGUUGUACGAUACAUUUUCAAGUAAAUUUCCUUCUGUUAAAGCAGCAAAAGUUGUCAUUGAUGCCAAUACUGGUCGUUCAAAGGGUUAUGGUUUUGUGCGGUUUGGAGAUGACAAUGAAAGGUCUCAGGCCAUGUCUGAAAUGAAUGGUGUAUAUUGCUCGAGCAGACCUAUGCGCAUUGGUGCAGCAACGCCCAGAAAGUCUUCUGGAUAUCAGCAACAGAAUUUUUCACAGGGAGAGUAUUUAACAAAUGGUCCCUUGAGCCAAGGACUCCAAUCUGAAGGAGAUUCUGCAAAUACAACUAUAUUUGUUGGAGGGCUUGAUCCUAAUGUCACCGAUGAAGAUCUGAGGCAACCUUUCUCACAGUAUGGUGAGAUAGUCUCUGUUAAAAUACCAGUUGGUAAAGGAUGUGGGUUUGUUCAAUUUGCCAAUAGAAAUGAUGCUGAAGAGGCCUUGCAGAAACUAAAUGCAACUGUAAUUGGCAAGCAAACUAUUCGUCUUUCUUGGGGCCGAAAUCCAGCAAAUAAGCAGUUCAGAGAUUUUGGUAACCAGUGGAAUGGACCUUACUACGGGGGGCACAUAUAUGAUGGCUAUGGAUAUGGUCUGCCACCUCACGAUCCAAGUAUGUAUCACGCAGCUUAUGGAGCUUACACUGUAUAUGGAAGCCAUCAACAACAAGUAAUCUGAACACAGAAAAGCUCAUAUUAAUCCUUAGGCGCUUUUCAAGUAGAACAGCUGAAGUUGCUUCAGCUUCUGGAAUGCACUUGGUUUUAGAUUUUUUUUCUUUUUUCCAUAUUAAUCAUCCUUCCAUCUGCCUAGAGGAACUGAAUUUUGAUGACCUGAGCUAGUUCUCUCAUCUUGUAGGGAAUAUUAUAUAUUUACUUCAUUCAGAUUGAUAACAAACUUAUUUAUUAGAAUAUA